CGCUUUGAACCGCUCAAAUGGUUGAGCGUUAGUCAGCCAGCGAUUCUGGUGCUCGGCCGUGCGACCCUCCUACUCGGUCAGCGAAACCGGUUUGAGGUGAAGUGAAGAAGGAAAGGUCUGCAAAUGUCAGCCGGGUGGAGAGGCGGCAGGAGCUGGAGGGGAGCCAGAGGGGCUGGUAGAGAAACGUGGAGGGGGAGACCGUGGCGAGGAAGAGGAAAUUGGGACAGAUCCAGCCGAGGUGAUGGAAGUAUUCAACAGCCAAAGCCUCAUCCCCGCCUAAUUCAAGGAACUUUGAAUGAAUUUAUACCCUAUAAGGGUUGGAAGCUUUACUUUUCAGAAGCUUAUUCUGCAAGCUCCCCUUUUGUACAAAAGAUUAAAGCUUUUGAAAAGUUCUUCACAAAUCAUAUUGAUUUGUAUGAUAAGGAUGAAAUAGAAAGGAAAGGAAGCAUCCUGGUUGACUUUAAGGAGCUUGUGAAUGAUAAGGAGCUAAGUGUUCUCAUGCCUGAUUUGGCCACUGAAUUGAGGGAUAUGCCAGAAAAAUUGUUGGAUUGCCUGGGUUUGGCAGUUCAUCAGGUAAUAACUAGAGAUCUGGAAAAGCAAGCAGCUCAGUUGGAGCAAGGGUUACCAAGUGAAGAGACUGCAAUUGUAAAUGUUCCAUUCAUUCAUGUACGGGUCUAUAACUAUGAGCCUUUGACAUUGUUAAAAAAUUUGCGAGCUAAUUCCUAUGGAAAGUAUAUUUCUUUGCGCGGAACUGUUGUCCGUGUCAGCAACGUCAAACCUUUUUGUACUAGAAUGGCUUUUUUGUGCAAUACAUGUGGCGAUAUUCAAAGUCUACCUCUUCCUGAUGGAAAAUACACACUCCCAACAAAGUGUUUGGCACCUGAUUGUCGCAGUCGAUCAUUUACACCGAAUAGAAGUUCAUCAUUAACAGUUACGGUAGACUGGCAAUCUAUCAAACUCCAAGAACUUGCAUCAGAUGAUAAGCGAGAGGCUGGGAGAAUUCCUCGAACUAUAGAAUGUGAACUUGUUCAGGACUUGGUAGACAGUUGUGUUCCGGGUGAUAUGGUAACUGUCACAGGAAUUGUCAAAGUGGCAAAUAGUAGUGAAGGAAAAUCUAAAAACAAAGAUGACAAAUGCAUGUUUCUCUUGUAUAUUGAGGCCAACUCUAUAAGUAAUAGUAAAGGACGGAGGAUCAUGAGUUCUGAAGAAGUUUCUGGUGAUUCAUCUUCCAUGGAGUUUACACUUAAAGAUCUUUAUGCAAUUCAAGAGAUUCAAGCUGAAGAAAAUCUUCUCAAGUUAUUUGUUAAUUCAUUAUGUCCUGCCAUAUAUGGUCAUGAGCUUGUCAAAGCAGGAUUAGUAUUAGCACUCUUUGGUGGCUGCCAAAAAUAUGUGGAUGAUAAAAAUCGUAUUCCUGUUCGAGGUGAUCCUCAUGUGCUGAUAGUUGGUGAUCCUGGACUUGGAAAAAGCCAACUCUUACAGGCAAUAUGCAAUAUUGCCCCACGGGGAGUAUAUGUCUGUGGCAACACCACCACCACUUCAGGCCUUACUGUCACUUUGUCUCGGGACAGUGGAUCAGGAGAUUUUGCAUUAGAAGCAGGGGCUCUUGUACUUGGCGAUCAAGGGAUUUGCUGUAUUGAUGAAUUUGAUAAAAUGGGAAACCAACAUCAGGCCUUACUGGAAGCCAUGGAGCAACAAAGUAUUAGUCUAGCUAAAGCUGGAAUUGUUUGCAAUUUACCAGCCAGAACUUCAAUCCUUGCAGCUGCAAAUCCAGUAGGAGGUCACUACAGUAAAGCUAAAACAGUGUCUGAGAAUUUGAAAAUGGGAAGUGCCCUUCUUUCAAGGUUUGAUUUGGUAUUUAUUCUGCUUGAUACUCCAAAUGAAGAUCACGACAACCUUAUUUCGGAACAUGUGAUGGCCUUGCAUGCUGGGAAGAAUGCAGUCUUCAGCGGUGCCACAAUAUCACGUCAAAGCACACAAGAUUUAAAUGGUUCAUUUCUUGAAAAUGCAUCAGAUAGACCUUUAUCUGACAGAUUAAAGGUUUCCUCUGGAGAAAAUUUUGAUCCUAUACCUCAUCAGUUACUAAGAAAAUAUGUAGGAUAUGCGCGUCAUUAUGUUUGUCCAAAGUUAUCAGCUGAAGCAGCUCAAGUACUGCAAGAGUUUUACCUAGAGUUGAGAAGACAAAAUCAAGGCCCAGAUAGUACUCCAAUUACCACAAGACAGCUGGAGUCUCUUAUAAGGCUCACAGAGGCAAGAGCAAGAUUAGAACUUCGAGAAACUGCAUCAAAAUGUGAUGCAGAGGAUGUUGUGGAUAUCAUGAAACACAGCUUAUUAGAUACUUUCUCUGAUGAGUUUGGAAGAUUAGAUUUUCAGCGCUCACAGCACGGAUCUGGUAUGAGCAAACGAUCCCAGGCAAAACGAUUUGUGGCUGUUUUGAACAGAAUAGCAGAACAGACUUGUAGAACUAUUUUUGAAUUUCACCAACUCAAAGAAAUAGCAAGAGAAAUACAAAUACAGGUAUCUGACUUUGAAGGAUUUGUCCACUCUUUGAAUGACCAGGGCUACUUGUUAAAAAAGGGUGCAAGGCUUUAUCAACUCCAAACUAUGUAAUUGCAGGCUAAUCAGUAGUCUACCUUGCUGACUAAGGAUUCCCCGACAUAGGGGUCCACUGUGGAAAUGUGGGUUGUACAUGAUUUGAGGCAUUUGGAGUGGUUUCUACCCAGACGUUUUCAGCAUAUAUGAAAAGUGAAGGAAGACAAAAAAAAAAUCAGAAAAUAUUUUUCCUGUUUUAGGAACAUUGCAAAUGUCACUGAAUUAUGACAUUUUGUCACUUUGCAUAUUUAUUGAAUGGAAAUGCAUAUCUAAUUACUGCAGAAAUGUUACUUUAAUAAUUAGUAGUAUGAGUUAUUCUUUAUUCAAACAGCUUUUAGUUGAUUCAAAAAUACUGUGACUGAUUAUCAUUUUUAAAAAUGUACUGGAUAAAACAUCUGUGAGUAUUAUAGAACUGUAUCUUGAGAGUGUAAUAAAUACUGAAAUUAUAUUUUAUUUAAGUCUAGAAAUACAUUUAAUGUCCACACCUUUACAUUGUUCGGAGUAAUAAAUUUAUUUAGACUUUCAUGUUUUUAUUUUCUUGAAAACAUGAUCUGAGUUUUCAGUGGAAUACAAAAAUUAAUUCAGAAGUGGAAUACAGAUAUUUUAGGUUUCAAAGUUCAAAGUAAGUUUAUUAUCCAAGUAGAUACAAGUCAUUGUAUAC